AUGAAGCUAAUUUUCACAGUCCUGUCCGUGCUUUUGGUUGGCGGUCUGAUCGCCGAGGCCAAAACGUAUAAGAAAUGUGAGCUGGUAAAAGCGUUAUACAAUCACGGCAUCCAGAAACCAAAGUUAGCGGAUUGGGUCUGUCUUGUGCAGUGGGAAAGUAGCUUUAGUACUACGGCGACGCAUAGGAACAACGACGGUUCCACCGACUAUGGGAUAUUUCAGAUCAAUAACAAAUACUGGUGUGAUUCGGAUUAUGAGGCAAACGAAUGCAAUGUACCAUGCAAGAGUCUUCUGAAUGAUGAUAUUACGAAAGCCAUCAAAUGCGCCAAGCUGAUUUACAACCGACAGGGUUUUGAUGCAUGGUACGGUUGGCAGGACCAUUGCAAAGGCAAACCAUUGCCCGACAUCAGUGAUUGUUUCUAG